ACUCUUGACUCCUCCAUAACCAACCAGCACGAGCGAUAUAUAUACGUACGCAUACCCCUCCGAUAUUUUCCUCGGCGCAAAACCCCGACCAUGUCUCAAACAGUACUGCUGCUGCUUCUCUUCCUACUCUCCUCCCUCUCCCCCCUCUCCUUCUCCGACCCAGACCCAGUCCUAGACUUCUGCAUCCCAGACGCCGGCCGAGGCCCGAUCCAGCUCACCCACCUACCCACCUACCCAUGCAAGAACCCCCUCAACGUAACCUCCCACGACUUCACCUUCUCCAACCUCAAACCCCCCUCGCAUCUCUCCGGCUUCGCGGGCACCGCCGUAACUCCGGUCCAGUUCCCCGCCCUCCACACUCUCGGCGCCUCCUUCGCACGCGCAGACUUUGAACCGGGGGCGGUCAACCCGCCGCAUUACCACCCGAGAGCGACAGAGACCGCUUUGGUCGUCGAGGGAGCGGUUUAUUCGGGGUUUGUGGACUCGGGUGGUCGGGUUUAUGCGAAGGUGAUCGAGAAAGGGGACGUCAUGGUGUUUCCAAGGGGUAUGGUGCAUUUUCAGAUGAAUGCUGGGGAGGAGAGGGCGAGUAUCUUUGCGAGCUUUAAUGGGGAGAAUCCUGGGGUCGUCAAGUUGCCGGUGACUGUGUUUGGUUCUGGGAUUAUGGAGGAGUUAUUGGAGAAGGCUUUUGAUUUGAGUGAGAGGGAGGUUGAGAGGCUGAAGAAGAUAUUUGGGUCCAAGUAAAAGUAUUGAUUCAGUGGCUUGUGUCUACUACGAGUUUGCGUGCGCGCAAUUUCAUUAGGUAUUAUACACUUUCUGAGUGUAAAUCAUGAUUAAGAUUGGCACAUUGGAUGUUCAAUGCAAAAAGAUCCCAUGACGAGGAUCCAAGUCU